GCAACCUUGAACCUCACUCCACCACCGCAAGGACGCACCACGACAGUUUCUGUAAUAAUAAUAUAAAAACUACCCUAAAUUCGGUUUCGGUUUUGUGAGUGAAAUGUGAACGUGUGCCUUUUGGUUCCAAUUUCGAGUAACACGAUGAAGACCGUGAAGCAAGCGAUACGGUUACUAGUAGUCAUACAAUUCAUCAGCAAUUACCGUUGUCAAGAUGGGUUCGGCGAGCGAGACUUACUGCGUCUCCAACAGAUGGCGUCCAAUGACGGCCAGAUCGAGACCAUUACGAGCUACAGCACCAACAUCAUUCAGAGGGACCCUAACAGCCAAUCCAUCAGCUCUGUUAGCGUUCAAUACCACAUGACAGACCCUGAGAAAAAUGAAGAGUUCAAUAGAGCAGAUCGGACCAGGACCAGAAAAGUUUAUCGUAUAAAAAACCCUUUUGAUCAUCAAAACCAACAAGAUGAUCUUCAAGAGACUAACACUGCUGAAUCACAAGACACCGGAACUGGAGCUAGUAACCAGUAUGCAGCAAUGCAAUACUCUUUGCCACCCGAAGAGUUCUUGCAACAAAUGAGAGCGGAGAAUCAAUUCUAUCAACAACAAGCAUCCACUCAGGCCCCACAUUUAAGCUACACAGCCACUCCACAACCACAAUAUCAAUAUUCAACAAUAUCCCCUAAUUAUGACGACAACCAUCAGUCAAAUCAAAUACCACAACUUGAACCCAAAGCCUCUGUCGGUCAGAAUUAUCUGACAAAUCCUAAUUCAUAUCAGUAUGGUGGCAAUGGUAUUUUUAAUUUUGAUGGUGUUCAAAGCACUCCAGCUUCUGUGACACCUCAUCUUUCAACACCACUACCGAAUAAUCAAUUUGUGGGUACACAGUCAAGCUCAUACGUUUCUAGUUCUUCACCAAUUUAUAUUUCUAGUCCACCAAAUUUGCAGCAUUACGUAUCAUCACCAUUAUCGAACAUUCAAGAUGUAUCACCAGAUUACAGUAACCGAGUGAGCUCAACAAUUGGAAGCAACGCUAUCAAUUACGAAAAUGAAUUUCAUCAGAAAAAGAUGCUGAUAGAUCAUUAUGAUAACUCUGCUCAUGGAGUGAGAUAUCCAGUCAACAUGCAACAAUACCAAAAUGAUUAUCCAUCUUCUACUCCAAAUCCAUCUUCAUCUCCUUACUCCGAUCAAGGUCACGACCCUUGGCAAAAUCAACGACCAAACAGCGUGUCAAAAUCUAUUCAGGAAUUAUCAUAUACUCAGUAUCCAAAUUAUCCGAGCGAUAAUAACAACAAUAAUAAUAAUUUAAGAUCAGCUGAACAACAAGAUAAUAUAGGCAGUGAUAAUCAGCGAAUAGGUAACGUACCGGCAGCUAAUACCCUAUAUUUAAAUUAUGCUCAACCUGAAUUUCAACAAGAAAACGCUAAAGGAAGAACCAGAAGUUAUGAUGACAACGGUCAAAAUAAUUAUUAUUCACAUGGAGAUUACGGAUGGAAACUCCAAAACAAAAAAUCUUUAGUGAGUACCGAAAAUUAUCCACAAGGAAGUUUUAGUAGAUAUCAAUUUCCAAAUCAGCAAAUGGCCUUACAAAGUUCACCGGGUACAGCGGUGAGUCAAAUGAAUUUCCAUAUGGAUACUAGCCGACAACAGGCUUACGAACAAAAUUCAAAGUCAAGCGCUGAUAUAAUUGAUGCUCAAGAUUUUGCAAGAGCAGCUGCUAAAGCACAAGAAAGGCAACAUCAACAACAACAGCAGCAGCAACAACAACAAAUUUAUGGAAAUUACCCUUCCAAUUAUAAUUUACCAAGUCCUACUCCUGGACCAAACUAUGGUAAUAAUGAUAAACAAAGAAAUAGAUACAAUGAAAAUAUUAACUCUAAUAACUAUCCAUACAACAAUUUACAAACAGAUUUAAUAACAGCACCUCCUUAUUACUACUUAAAUUCAAAAGAAAACACUGUUGAUACUAAACCCAAAUUACCAUUUGACCAUGAUAAGGCUUUGAAAAAUAUUGUGCCCAUAGAUGUUUCAAAUGUAGUCGGAAAUUCAGAACCAUCCAUAAGAGGAAUUGGAGGGCAAGAUAAUAACAACAGAUAUAACAUAGCAAAUUUCGGGAAAAGUCAGCUAGAAGAAAAUUUGAAACAAUACUAUCGAUCGGUCACGGAUGCUUACUAUAAAGACAAAAACUCUAUUUACGGAUUUAACAUUAAAUCUAGACCAGAAGAUGUAUUAAAUAGUGAGAGCAAACAACUUGACUCAAAUAUACAAAUAUAUGCUAAACAGCCGCAAAUUCAAGAGUCAAUUUACAACCAAGGUAAUCUUCAAGACAAACGAUACUUUGAGGGAUCUGGAUCAACUCCUACGUAUGCUUCAUCACCAAGUAGCAUCCAAUCUUCAGCUAAUAUCCAACAGCAAGGACUACAACGACCUCAAAAUGUUAUGCCCAACGAUAUUGCUAAUAUUCUUAAAUUAAAUGACGUACCAUAUCGUUUUACUUCAGGUUUAUCCGAAGGAGAUUCUUUACGGUUACAUAACAAUAAUAACUUUGAUACAGUAAUACCGACUUCCUUACCUAGUAGAAUUAAUCAAAAUGUUGGAAGCCAUCAACUAGAUGUUUCAAUUCUAAAUAAACUUUUAAAUAAACAAGCCGCACUCAAUCUCAAUAGACCAGAUAUCGAUCCUCAAGCUAGUGGAUUGAUAUCAAAUAUAAAUGGAUUUAAAGUUGCAAAUCCAUUCAACGUGGAUUUAAAACUAGUAGCAGAUAUGUUGAAGGGAAAACCAGCAGUCGAUGAUUCACAUUUACUAUCUUUGGGAAAUCAAUUUACUAAGACGGUACCUUUGAAAUUAGACUUAUCACAAUUGCAGCAGCUGUUAUUGAAAAACGACAAUAAUGGCGGUUAUGCUUCUAUAAAUGAUGAAUUGAGUGCUUUUUCUAAUCCUUAUUUAGAUUUCUAUAGUCCUGGGCGCCCCUACCAGGGAGUUAAAUAUUCUCGUAGUCAAGAAGAAGAAGAAAGUGAAAGUAUUAUACCUAUAGCGGAUGCAUCCAAUAAUCAUCCCAUUGGUGCAGUCAUGGAACAGUUGGAUGAAAUUACAAAUGAGAGAGAAGUAACUGGAUCAGAUGUAACAGCGCAAGACGACGAGGCCUUACUGAAUAAUUACAAGAAAAGACCCAAAAAUGGCUUCAUUACACGUCACAGAAUAGGAGAAAGACAUAGGCAUCCAAAUUCUUUACCAGAUCAACGAACGUAUCCAAGGAGAUACCCUAAAUCACACACUGCAGAACCUUAUCCCCUGUUAAAACCGCCUCCCCCUCAGAAAACCCGUGAAGCUCGAAAUAAUUUUGACAAAAAUAGCAAAAGGCGACGUGCCAAGCCAAAACUGAUGAGAGUCUUAAAAACCGAACCAUUAUAUGAAGCUGGUGCCAAUAUUGAUGAUGAUGAAGCCACUGUACCUACUUUAUUGCAGCCACCACCACAAAUCGCUGAUGCUAAAAUGGAUAAGAUCUCUGAAGAUGACGCUACGUAAAAACAAAUUUUAGUGGCCUGACAUUAUAUAAUAUUUCAUGAUGAUAUUGAUUCUCAUUACUUUAUGUUUAUUAUCUGCAAGGUUUUUUUUUGUUCAAAAUAUGGCGUUAAAUUUAAAUCUUUCAAAAUGUUUUUUAAUAAUUUAAUUUUGUUUACAAGAAAUUUCUGAUAUUUAUUUUUACAUUUUGUUAUCGCAUUUAUUUAUAUAGAAGUGCUUUUAAAUGUUGUUAAAUUAACAUUGUAACGUCCAGAAUCUGGAUGUAGGCUUAUAGUUUUAACAUCGUGUACUGUAAAUAAACUAAAUUAAGUUAAAUUUAAGUUACAAAUCUGUUAUGUAAGUUGUAAAUAUUCGAUUCUUUAUUCAUUGUAGUAACGUUAUUUUGUGAUAAAAGAAAAAUGUUUGGUAUUGUUGAAUUUGUAUGUAAUUUUUGUAAAAUUGUUACAAAAUAAAUUUCAUUUUUGUUA